AGUAGUUUGGAAAGGAAGUUGUCACGGUAACCCGGAUGUACACAAAACCACGUGACGGUUCUUUGCACGUGUAGAAGACAGAGAAAGAUCGUUUACAAACAUGUUUGCUGAAGAGGAAUGGACUGAUUCUCCAUUACCAGAUGGAUCAUCUCACACUGUUAAGAUGUCUCCUGCCUCUGGCAAGGAUAAGGUUGUGUGUAAACAAAGUCUUUUGAGAACCUUGCAAACAUUGGGUUCAGUUCCAGACUGGGGAGCUGGGAAUGUUUUUGAGGAUAGUGAAGAGGAGAAAGAUGCCUCCACUACAGUCAAGACGGCAAAAAAGAAAAGGUGCAAAAAGCGUAAAAGAACGUCUAAUGCUGAAAAUGAAGGGAAGCAGCAGGAUAAAGGGGAUUCAUCUGAACCACCUGUGAAUAAGAAGAAGAAGCCAGUAAAGAAGACCGUUAAAGAAACAAAUUCUAAAGUGUCACACGAGUCCAGAAAAGAUAAGAUUGACAAAGGAGUCGGACCUCAAUUGGAGAAAAAUGAAAGUCAAGCAGAAAACAAGCUAAGCAGAAAGCAGUGGAAGAACAAGAUGAAAAACAAAAGAAGGUGCAAGAACAAAUAUGUUCCAAAAACGACAGGUGUUGGUGAUGCCAUUGCAAACGAGGAACCAUUAGUUCAAACACAGGAUGUCAAAGAAUCCAAGAAAGUGAAGAAACAUGACAAGGCAUCCAAAAAAACGAAGAAAGCUCAUAAAAAGAAUGGUAUUUCUUCCAUCACGGACAAUGCUCAAAAUUGCAUAGACUCUAAAACAGAUGAAAUGCCUAGCACGGGAACUAGAAUAGCAGAUAACAAUACAGUCUCGCAUAAAGUGGAAGAUAAAGGGAAACUGGAAGAAGAAAAGUGGAAGAAAGAAAAAUUGCGUCGCAUUUUAAAGUCGCAUUUUCCUGAUGACCGUAAUAAAGCCUCAGAGGAACUAGAAGAACCCAAUGGUACAACAGUAAGUUUGAAAGGCGAUGAAGAGCAAGCGGCUCCUGACCCCUCGACUGCUUUAAGGGCAAAGAUGGAGAAGCGGUUAGAAGCCGCUCGAUUCCGCUACAUCAAUGAGCAGCUUUACACGUCGACCAGCGGUGAGGCCAACCGCAUGUUUCAGCAGGACCCAGAGGCCAUUGCAAUUUACCACAAGGGCUACACGGCACAAGUUCAGCACUGGCCUACAAACCCUGUGGAUUCAAUCAUUUCCUAUAUUUGUAAAAAACCAGCUUCUUUAGUUGUUGCUGACUUCGGCUGUGGAGACUGUAAAAUAGCUCGGAGUGUAAAGAAUAAAGUACAUUCUUUUGAUUUGGCUCCGGUUUGUGAUCUUGCCACUGCAUGUGACAUGGCAAAAGUGCCGCUUCGUGAUUCUACUGUAGAUAUUGCUGUUUUCUGUCUUUCUCUGAUGGGGACAAAUCUGGGAGACUUCUUGGCAGAAGCAAACAGAGUCCUGGUGAUGGGGGGUGUUCUUAAAAUUGCUGAAGUGGCCAGCAGAUUUGAAAAUGAGCAUUUGUUCAUUAGUGCAUUGUCAAGUCUGGGCUUCAAGUUAGUCCAUAAGGACACAGAAAACAGCCACUUCUACUCCUUUGAAUUCAUAAAGACAGGAAAAGCACCUGGGAACGUGAAGAAAGUCGGUCUUCAACUUAAACCUUGUCUGUACAAGAAACGAUAAAUCAACACAAAGGAAGACCAGUCGUCAUUCAAACAGAGACUGUGAAGGGAGUAAAAUCUUAUAACCAAAAUAUCAGACUUGGACUCUACAGGCCCAGAUGUGGAUAAUCCCACUAUAUACUGCAGGGCCACCAGAGGGCGCUACAAAUUCAGUCAGUUUGUGAGCUACAAGUACAAUUGGAACGAAAACAAGAUAGAACACACCAACCAGACUUUUAAAGUAUAUCUCUGUGUAAGUCAGAACAAAGCAACAAUCUUAAAAAGUAGUAAAACAAUAAAAAUGUGCUCAUAAUAUUUAUAAAACAAUGCUACUUAUCGAAGUAAAUCAUAAUGCUCAAAGUAAUACCAAGCUACUUCAAUCUUUUCCUUACAAUCGGUAUUUGUAGUUGAGGAAAAAGAACAACUACAUAUCAAAAAUGUGUAUAUACAGUUGGGUCCAAAACCCUGAGACCACUAAUGAAAUAUUCAUAUUAAAUGAAUAGUUCAUCCAGAAAUAAACAUUUGCAUAAGAUUUACUCAU